AUGAAAGACCUCGCCGGAAAGUUUAUCAGAUGCAGAAUUGGUAAUGGAAACAUGGCAUCUUUCUGGUUCGAUAAUUGGACUGACCUAGGACCUUUGCUUGAUUAUAUUGGUAGUGAUGGCCCUAGGCUGCUAAGGAUCCCUCUAAGUGGAAAGGUCAGUGAUGCUGUCUCGGGACAGAGCUGGUUGUUACCAGGUGCGCGAUCUCAAAGGAUCAAAGACCUUCACAUAAGACUUCUAACACUACCAGCACCAAGUCAAGCUGCAGGUGAAGACAUAUAUGAGUGGAAAUCAGCGGAAAACGUGUACACUCAGAAGUUCUUAGCAUCAAGCACAUGGAAGCUACUUCGAGAAGUAUCACCACAAGUGGACUGGGCAAAGUUGGUAUGGUUUAAGCAAGCGAUACCAAGGUACUCAUUUGUCCUUUGGAUGGUGAUGCAGGGUAGGAUGCCAACACGCGAUAGAUUGCUCAGGUGGAAUAUUAUACAGAAUUCAACUUGUGUCCUAUGUAAUGAGGAAGAGGAAUCACACGACCACCUCUUCUUUCAAUGUCGUUUUAGUGCUGAAACAUGGCAGGAACUCGCAUCGAAGAUUUGGAGAAACCCGCCAGCAAACCUCUCAAUGUGCCUCUCUUGGAUGGAAGCAAUCCCACAGUCUGAUGGUCUCAAGCGAAACAUUCUUCUAAAAAUUCUCAUACAGCACGCUGUUUACGAGGUAUGGAAGGAGCGGAAUUCCCGCAUCUUUUCAAAUGUCUUUGCAACUUCCCAUGUCAUGCGCUCACGUAUCGAUCAAUCAGUCAGAACCACCCUCCUGUCGCUGCAACAGGUUCGAGAAAGUGAAAGCAACAUUUUGCUUCAAAACUGGUACUCACUUCUACUGUAUGCCAUGGCGUAG